AUAAACGCUACGGAUUCUAGCCAAAAUAAGAAUAUACGUGGUCCGUGUCCUUUUUAAUGACGGGAGAGGAAACUUUUUGUGCGUUUGAAAAUGAAUAUGUAUUUUGCAGACGUUGUCGUCUGGUUUCUGGAUGGUUUAGGCUACUUUUGGUUUUAUUUUCACUUGGCAGAUUCUCUCUCCAGAGCUAAAUUUGCGGAAUCGGGUAUAUCUUAGCGAGGGGGAAAUACCUGUGUCAACCCGGAGAGGUUUCUUGCAAGAUGGAGACAAGAAUGAGGUUCAUUUCACGGGGGACCUUCCUGAGGCUCCUCACUGCAGCGGCUGCGCUGACUUCAGUGUCCGCUGGCGGGGAACGGGAGGAGAGGAGAAGCGGACCCCAUCCUCCGGUUGCGACAAACGGCCAGCCUUUUCCUUGGGAUAAGAUGAGGCUCCCUGAUGCCAUCUCCCCAAUUCACUACGAUCUCCUCAUCCAUCCCAACCUGACCUCCCUGGACUUCACUGGUACGGUCAAGAUCCAGGUUCAGGUUCUCCAAGAGACCAGCGCCAUUGUCUUGCACAGUAAGAACCUCCAGAUCUCCAAGGCAGCCUUUCUGGAAGGGGCUCGAGCCAGCCCUCUGCAGGUACUGGAGCUGCCCUCCUAUGAGCAGGUGGCUCUGGUGUCAGACAGGGCACUGCUAGCGGGGCAUGUGUAUGUGGUUUCCAUCGACUUCGCCGCCAACCUAUCCGACAGCUUCCACGGUUUUUAUAAGAGCUCCUACCGCACAACCGACGGCGAAGUCAGGGUCCUCGCCUCCACGCAGUUCGAGCCCACCUCGGCUCGAGCGGCGUUCCCCUGCUUCGACGAGCCCGCUUUCAAGGCCAACUUCUCCAUCAAGCUCCGCAGGGAGCCCCGGCACAUCGCCCUGUCAAACAUGCCGAAGCUGAAAACUCUGGACCUGGGAGGUGGGCUACUGGAAGACCACUUUGAUGUGAGUGUGAAGAUGAGCACCUACCUGGUGGCCUUCAUUGUGUCCGAUUUCCUGUCCGUGAGCAAGAUGAGUCAGCAUGGGGUCAAGAUAUCUGUGUAUACAGUACCUGAGAAGAUUGAUCAGGCAGAAUUUGCUCUGGAAGCAGCAGCGAGGCUCCUAGACUUCUACGAAGACUACUUUAACAUCCCCUAUCCCCUCCCAAAACAAGAUCUGGCUGCCAUUCCUGAUUUCCAGUCAGGAGCGAUGGAGAACUGGGGCCUCACCACCUACAGGGAAUCUGCCCUCCUCUUCAACCCCAGGACGUCCUCUGCCUCCGACAAGCUGGGCAUCACCAUGAUCAUCGCUCAUGAGCUGGCACACCAGUGGUUCGGCAACCUGGUGACCAUGCAGUGGUGGAACGACCUCUGGCUGAACGAAGGAUUCGCCAAAUUCAUGGAGUUCGUGUCUGUAAACAUCACAAAUCCCGAGCUGCAAGUUGAGGACUAUUUUCUGGGAAAGUGUUUUGAAGCCAUGGAGGUGGAUGCUCUGAGCUCCUCGCAUCCUGUCUCUACUCCAGUGGAGAAUCCUGCGCAGAUUCAGGAGAUGUUUGAUGAUGUCUCCUAUGACAAGGGGGCUUGUAUUUUAAACAUGCUGAGAGACUUCCUUACUCCAGAAGCCUUCAAAAUCGGCAUCAUCCGCUACCUUCGGCGCUUCAGUUACCAGAACACGCGGAAUGCAGACCUCUGGGACAGCCUGACCAAUAUUUGCCAGUCUGAUGAUCUGGAUGAAGGGCGGUUACGAGGAGACGGAUUUUGUUCUGGAAGCAAGCCCCAUUCUCCUGCUUCAAAGUGGUUCAUGCAGGAUGAGCUGGAUGUGAAGGAGAUCAUGGACACCUGGACUCUGCAGGAGGGCUUCCCUCUGGUCAGCGUGGCAGUGAGGGGGCGAGAGGUGCGUCUGCAUCAGGAGAGGUACCUCAAAAGUGCUGACCCCUCCCAGGACUCAGGUUUUCUGUGGCACGUUCCAUUGACCUACAUCACAAGUAAUUCCAACUCAGUUCAUAGGUUCCUGUUAAAAACUAAGACGGACGUACUGUACCUGCCCGAGGAGGUGGAGUGGAUCAAGUUCAACGUGGACAUGAGUGGGUACUACAUCGUGCACUACGAGGGAGCAGGCUGGGACGCCCUGAUCCGCCUGCUGCAGAGGAACCACACGGCUCUGAGCAGCAACGACAGGGCCAGCCUCAUCAACAACGCCUUCCAGCUGGUGAGCGUCGGGAAGCUGCCCCUGGACAAGGCUCUGGACCUCUCGCUGUACCUGAGGAAGGAGACGGAGAUCAUGCCUGUGACCCAGGGCCUGAGCGAGCUGGUGCCCCUCUACAAGCUGAUGGAGAAGAGAGACAUGCAGGAGCUGGAGAAUCAGAUGAAGAGCUACAUCGUGAGCCUGUUCAGGGACCUGAUCGACAAGCAGGAGUGGAGUGACGAGGGCACGGUGUCCCAGAGGAUGCUGCGCAGCUACCUGCUGAUGUUUGCCUGUGUCCGCGGGUACCAGCCCUGCGUGGAGAAGGCCAAGCAGCUGUUCCAGACAUGGAAGGAGUCGGAUGGGAACAUGAGUCUGCCCAGUGAUGUGAGCUUGGCGGUCUACGCCAUCGGAGCCCAGACACCCGAGGGCUGGGACUUCCUGUUUGAAAAGUACCGCCAGUCGCUCUUCAGCUCGGUGAAGAGCCAGAUCAAGUCCGCUCUCACCAUCAGCCCUCUCUCCCACAAGCUGAAGUGGAUAAUGGAGCAGAGCCUUGAGGGGGAUGUGCUGAAGACCCAGGACCUGCCCUAUGUGGUUGUCUAUGUGAGCAAAAACCCCAAGGGCUACAAACAUGCCUGGGAUUUCCUCAGAGACAACUGGGACAGCCUGGUGAAGAAGUUUGAUCUGGGCUCCCAUUCCAUUGCGCAUAUGGUGACUGGAGUGACAAACCAGUACUCCACCAGGGACAUGCUGGAGGAGGUCAGGGGCUUCUUCGCGUCCCUGGAGGACAACGGCUCCCAGCUGCGCUGCGUGCAGCAGGCGCUGGAGAGCGUCGAGGAGAACAUCCGCUGGAUGGACCGGAACCUCCCGCUGCUGCAGGCGUGGCUGGACCGGCAGGGGGCCAGGCCGGGCCCUGCCGGGAGCUCGUGACGGGCCCGGGCCUGAGAGCGCUCCUCACACGGGGGUGGGGGCGGCGAUCGUGUGGGGUGGAGACGUGAGCUUUUUCCGUCUCUCAAACCUUUUUGUUUUUGUUUGCAAGCUUUUUUUUAAAGUGUUUUCACGCAUCCCAGCCUCAUAGAGGUGCAGGUAAAGAAAAAUGCUGGAAGGACCUUGUACUGUACACAUAACAGAUCUUUAUGUGUACCACAGAGCUAACCGCACAUUCUUGAAUUGACCCGAUUUGUCUUUGCUUCUGCCGAAUUCAAUAUUAUUUAAAUUAUUUUACAGUGCCAGCUUAACAUUUGGAAAGUCCAUGUGCAAAGAGGCUGGGGGAGAGAGUACAGUACUACAUACUGUAAGAGGAAGCGGUGCAGAACUGCAGUGAUUCUCAUGGGAUUACAGCCAGAAGGAUGAACAGUAUUGUUCUCCCCAAGCCUGGCCUUUCCAACUGUAUGCACUUUAUGACCACAGUCACUUAAAAAUGUUUUUAGAUGGAAUAUGUUCAAUAUCCAAUACCAAUUCCAAUUAAUUCCAAACAAUGAACAAGCCUUGAUGUUGUUUCCCUGUUGAUGCAAGUGUAGAAUGCCUAAGGAAGAUGUAAUAAGGCUUAUUUAACUCUACCACAGACAUACUUUUUUGGGGGGAAAACACAGCAGCCAGGCCAUCAUCUCAGAGUUUUGCGAUAUCAAUUUUGUACAACUUGUGAUUUUUGUAAAAGGUUUUUAAGAGUGUAAACUUAAAAUGCAACAACCACAACAUUACUGUUUGUGUGUGUGAGAAAGGCCAUCCUAAUGAACAAGAAAUAUAAUUUAAUAAAAUUAAACAUGUUUUAUUUUCCACCAAAAGCUCUUCCCUGUCUGUUAUGGCUCAUUGCUGAGAUAACAUUUAAGUACCAGUAGCAUCACUGUAGACUUUACAACUUCUUCACUUAAUUUUCUAACAGUAGACUUAGUGCUACUGUCUUCAAGGAUCUGUCACCUUCAUCCAUAGCAUAAACCUUUACAAAAGUGUCACUGAAAGUAGCACUGAAAACAUCUAACAGCUGAAGCCUGAACUUAAUACCCAGUCAUACAGAGGAAAGGUGCAGUUUCCGAAUCACUGUGGAGGUUUUGAAAAGAAAUCCUGAAACUAUGUUUAGAAAUCAGAAUCAAAUUCCCUUUUCAAACAAGUUUGCUUUCAAGUGGCUGCAGUUGAUCUGAAGGCUGGCUGCCUGAUCAUGAGGAGCUCUGCGGCUUCAGGCUUCUAACAAACACUUGUGCCUUUCUCUUUGUCAAUGGUCGCCAGUGAUUUUAGUGCAGGCUCUUAUCUGUCCCGUGUGCUCUGAGGUUCCCUGAAGCAUCCCCCAAAUUCAGAGGGCGUUUUGGCUAUGUAUACAAGUGGGGCAGCAGUGUAGAGUGUCGUGGAUGAAGAGGUCACACUCCACACAGAAGACGCAGUGACACGAGGGACAGCUGUACACCUGCAGGGCGGCAGAGACACAGGCCUCACACUCUGGACCACAACAGACAUGGUGUACAUUACAAACAAAAGCCCGUUCUUCAGUUCUACACAAUAGGACCACUGCAUCACGUACAAGACGUAUAGAACCAGUGUGAACCAGGUUAAGCACAACCCAAGAACACUUUUUGAACUCUCAUGUAAUUCAGGAGUUUUGCAUGAUUCUUCAAUAAAUUUCUGCCUUUGAGCUAA